AUGACGCGCUUACGCCUGUCGUCGCUCAUGACGCUCCUCGGAGCCGUCUUCCUCUUCUCGGCCAACGUCAUGGCCGCCUCUGCCGUCCUCGGCGUCGAUCUCGGCACCGAGUACAUCAAGGCCGCCCUCGUCAAGCCUGGCGUCCCCCUCGACAUUGUCCUGACCAAGGACUCGCGACGCAAAGAAACCUCGGCCGUAGCCUUCAAGCCCGCCCCCGGCGGCGCCAAGCCAGGCCAGUACCCCGAGCGUGCCUACGGCGCCGACGCCAUUGCCCUCUCCGCGCGAUUCCCCGGCGAAGUCUACCCGAACCUCAAGACGCUCCUCGGCCUCCCUGUUGGCCACACAAUUGUCGCCGAGUACGCCGCGCGCCACCCAGCCCUGGAGCUGCAGGAGCACGCCACCCGCGGCACCUCGUCCCUCAAGACUAAGACCCUGACCGCCGAGGAGGAGUCGUGGAUGGUUGAGGAGCUGCUCGCCAUGGAGCUCCAGAGCAUCCAGAAGAACGCCGAGGCUCUCGCCGGCGAGGGCUCGUCGGUUCGCUCCAUCGUCAUGACCGUCCCGCCAUUCUACACUAUCGAGGAGCGCCGCGCCCUCACGCUCGCCGCUGAAAUGGCCAAUCUCAAAGUUCUCAGCAUCAUGAGCGACGGUCUGGCUGUUGGUCUCAACUACGCCACCAGCCGCACGUUCCCCAACAUCAAUGAGGGCGCCAAGCCCGAGCACCACAUUGUCUUUGACAUGGGCGCCGGCUCCUCCACCGCCACCGUCCUCAAGUUCCAGAGCCGCACUGUCAAGGACAUUGGCAAAUACAACAAAACGGUCCAGGAGGUCCUGUCCCUCGGCGCCGGAUGGGACCGCGCUCUUGGUGGUGACGCUCUCAACUACCUCAUCACGGACGACAUGAUUUCGCAGUUUGUCGAGUCCAAGUCGGCUCAGAAGAUCUCCGCUACCUCGGACGGUGUUCGCGCCCACGGACGUGCCGUGGCCAAGCUCCUCAAGGAAGCAGAACGUGUCCGCCAUGUCCUGAGCGCCAACCAAAACACUGGCGCAAGCUUUGAGGGCCUCUAUGAGGAUGUCGACUUCAAGUACAAGCUGGGCCGUGCCGAUUUCGAGGCCAUGGCCCAGGACUUCCCUAAGCGAGUUGCCGUUGUUGUCAAUGAUGCUCUCAAAAUGGCCGGACUUGACAUGGUUGACAUUGACUCCAUCAUUCUUCACGGCGGUGCUACCAGAACUCCAUUCGUCCAGAAAGCUCUUGAGAACCUUGCCGGUUCCACCGACAAGGUCCGCUCCAACGUCAACUCUGACGAGGCUGCCGUUUUUGGUGCUGGUUUCCGUGGCGCCGAGCUGUCUCCCAGCUUCCGUGUCAAGGAAAUUCGCGCCACUGAGGGCUCCAUGUACAGCGCUGGCAUCAAGUAUACCAACCCCAAGGGCAAGGAACAGCGCCAGCGCCUCUGGACUUCCGUCUCCCCUCUCGGUGGCGCCCCCAAGGAGCUUACUUUCAACGACUUCAAGGAUUUUUCUGGCAGCUUUUACCAGCAAGUCGGCGACGACGACAAGACUGUUGCUACAUUUGCUACUAAGAACCUGACUGCCACGGCAGCUGCUCUGAAGAACAAAUACCCCUCCUGCGUCGACUCCGAGAUUGUCUUCAAGCUUGCCCUCAAGCUGGCCAACGAGAAUGGCGAAGUUGCCGUCGCCUCGGCCAUCGUCGAAUGCGAGGCCGAAGUUAAGGAGACCAUCAUGGACGGUGUCAAGAACCUCUUUGGAUUCGGCAAGAAGGACUCGUCCGAGGAUGGUGAGGAUGCCAAGGCCGACGCUACCUCGUCCAAGUCAGGCAAGAAGUCCACCAAGUCUACAAAAUCUAAAAAGUCUUCCAAGACGUCCAAAACGUCGGAGAGCGCUUCCUCUUCUACUGAGUCGGCUUCUGGCUCUACUGACGCCAAGGACUCCAAGUCGACUGAGGCGGCUGAGGAGCCCAAGGAAGAUGUGAAGAAGAGGGAGCUCGUCCACAUUCCCGUCGAGGUUGUUCUUGAGAAGGCUGGCAUCCCCCCAUUCACCAAAGAAGAGCUCACUACCUCCCGCGAUCGCCUCAAGGCCUUUGCCGCUUCCGACAAGGCUAGAAUCCAGCGUGAGGAGGCCUUGAACAAGCUCGAGGCCUUCACCUACAAGAUUCGCGAUCUUCUUGAGAACGACGACUUUGUCAUCAAGUCCACCGAGAAGGAACGCACUGUUCUCUCCGAGAAGGCGAGCGAGGCCAGUGACUGGCUCUACGAGGGUGGUCUCACUGCCGUCAAGGACGAAUUCAAGGCCAAGCUUAAGUCACUGCAGGAUCUUGUUGACCCCAUUCAGACCCGCGUGAAGGAAUUCACUGCCAGACCUGAGGCUAUCAAGAACCUCAAGGAGGUCGUAGGCCAGACCGACAAGUUCCUCAAAGACAUCUACAAACAAAUUGACGAGCACGAGGAGUACCUUGCCAGCUCUUCCGCGGCGUCUAGCUCCACUCCCACUUCCUCUGCCCCCGCCGAGUCGUCAACAGGAGAUUUUGACGGCCUCGAGGAUGAGGACGCCACCGAGGCCAAGCAAGAGGUUGAGGAAGAGUUGCCCGCCGCGGCCACCCCGCCCCUGUAUAAGCGUGAGGACCUCGUCGAGGUUGAGAAGCUCAACACUGAGACCAAAGAGUGGCUGAAGGAGAUGGAGUCCAAGCAGGACAAGCUUGGUGCCACUGAGGACCCCGUGCUGCUUAGCAGCGACAUUGCCGCAAAGCAGGACAAACUAAGCAAGGUGAGCAUGGAGAUUGCCAUGAGGGGCAUCCGCUCGUUCAACAGCGGUACCAAGAAGCCCAAGGCCAAGAAGUCUAGCAAGUCGAAGAGCAAGGGUAAGGGCAAGGGCAAGAAGUUUAACGUCGAUGACAUGGACGCGGAAAUCUUUGGCGAGGGUAUCGACCAAGAGGAGCUCGACAAGAUUCUCGACCAGAUCCGCAAGCGCCAGGCCGAGGAGGAUAAGAAGAAGGAGGGUGAAACCAAGGAGGAGGAGAAGACCAAGGAGACUAAGGAGGAGACGAAAAAGAAGCAAGGACAUGACGAACUAUAG